AUGGGUGGCUGUAAAUGUACAUACAGAAAUUGCACUAUGAAAACAGAUGGAAAAACUCAUAUGUUUCACUACCCUGUGUUUAACAAGAUUCGAUGUCACCAGUGGAUCAUCAAUGCACGUCGCUAUGAAUUUUUAAACCUUAAAGUAUCCCAAUUAAAGAACAGAGUUGUUUGCCAACAUCAUUUCAAGGAUGACAAUUUUAUGAACUGCCAGAAAGCGAAGUUGACUAUGGAUGCAAUUCCAACAGAAGAUGGUCCAUAUUGUGAUCCUACAAAGUGGAAAAAAGAUCAAAAUAUAGGUUCAGUAUUGCCUCUCUUAACAGAUGAAAUAGAGAAUGAUGUUUUAACACAUGACCAAAAAGUUGCUAACUACUCUAUUAAAUAUGCAGACUUCUUAACAAACUUUGAAUCCGAUUUAUUAAACAGUACCAAUAUAGAUUCAUUUAGCUUGGACUGUAAGGAUUAUGAUGUAGCUGAUCGGAACAUACGGAAAUUUAGUGAUCGAUUAGUGUUUCAACCAAAUAACUCUCCAUUUGCUAUUAUUAAUCCAUAUGAUAAAAGCAGUAAAGAAACAAGUAAAGAAAUAACAGUCCAAGAAAUAAUUAUAGAAGAUAAUGUAGUCCCCAGUGAAGAAAAACCAAUAAUUCAAGGUGAAUUUCCUUUGACAGAGGUUACAAUGCCUUUAUUAAGUAAUAAACAGCAAGAUGAGCCAAGAAAAAUUAAAGUGAAUACAGAAUGUCGUUAUAUGAAAAGUAAACCAAUAACAACAUCAUCAACUCCUGUAAAUAAAGCAUCUAAGGUUAAGAUAUUAUCAGAGAAGAAAAUUAAGGAUGCUAUAUCAAUACCCAAAAAUCUUCAGCCUAUAUCACCAAGUUCAGUUAUUAAAUUGCAAAAAAAGGAUAACCAAAUAAGUGUACCUAUUAGUAAUGGAACACAAACUAGUGUUCACCCUGUUAAAAGAAAUUUUUUAGUUACUAGAGAACAAAACUUGGUUUAUCCUGUAGAUUUAAAUGUAGAAAAGCAUGAACCACCCCAAUAUUCAUUGGAUAUACAAUAUCAAACAUUAGAAAAUGAACAGCCCUCAUACUCAUUAAAUUUAAACUCUCUAAAAUUCGACCAUCCUUCUUCAGUGUAUACUUUAGAAGUAAAUGAACCACGAGAGAAUCUAUUAGGAACAAAUUCUAUAAUUAUAAAUGAACCAUUUAUACCACAAUCAUUAUCCUCAAAUGAACUCCAAACAAAUAAUGCACAACCAUUAUAUACAAUAGAUAUCAAUGGAAAGAAACAGAAAUGUUUGCCAAGUAUAACAGGGGAUACUAAUAGGCAAGAAAUUCAAAAGACAGAAAACCCAGUGGAUACAAUUCCCAAUAAAACUGAUACAACAAUGUUGUGCCUCAAUAACUUAUUACCUCAAGAAAAUAAAUCUGGAAUUAAAGUUCUACAAGACAAAGACAAAUUUGACACCCAAUCAAAAAGAAAUACUAAUAUACCAUCUAAUUUGAUUCUAAACCCAAAAGAAGUGUGUAUUAUUAAUGAUAACAAAAAGUCAGUGUCACCUUCAAAAGGCAGAGUGAGUCCGAAAAGAUUAGCUGUGAUAGAAAAAAAGAGGAAAUUUAAUAAGAAAUUAAUUGAUGCCGUUAUAGCAUUGGAUAAUAACGUACAACAGAAAUCCCCUCCAAAAAUUGUAAAAGUCUUGAAAUAUAAAAAUCAAGCGAAGAAUGAACCAAAAAAAGGUCAGGAGUCAACACAAGUGUCGUCCUAUUUAUCAACUGAACCAAAGCUGCCCAGUGUUCAGGAAUACACCUUAAAGUUUUUAGAAGAUCGAUUGCAACAAAUGGAAAAUAGAUUAUUAGGAAAAAUUGAUCAGAAUUCACAAAAAAUUCAAGAAAUGAAAGAAUCAAUAAAAUCAAAGUCAGAAAAUAAGACUGUGUCCAUACAAGCAAGUGCCAAUGGUAAUCCAGAGACCUAUAAGAGACAGUUAUACAAUGAUAUUUCACAAUUUCUAAGCCCAAGUUGCAGUAGUGCUGUCUAUGAAGAAUUAUUUAUAAAUAAGUAUUCUAUUAAAAAAAUUAAGGAUAGUGAUGAAGUAAGCAGUAAGCGGAGACGGUGCAGGUGA